UCUAUAAGACGCAAAAGAAACAAUAAAAACAACAAAUAUUACAUCAAAUUGACAAUUGAGUGGAGCGCGUAACAGUAAUUGUUAAUUUGUAAUAAAGACACGUGCUCUUUCGUACAUUUCUGUUCACGCAUCGGUUAUUUUUUUUUUAUCUCGAUUAAAAUCCAUUGAACGAUUUUUCAUUGAAACAUCAUGAAGAAAAAAAUUGGUGUAAAAAUCAUCGAAAAUGUAUACAACAAGUGUUUCUAUCGUACAUUUGAAGUGUUGAGCCACAUACAGCACAACGAUUUUUAUGUUAUCUUGGAUCGUCGCGUCUUGGACUUGUCGAAUCUCAUGAGAUCCAUUGAUGAGAUGCCAAGCAAUGGAAAAAAUCAAUCGGCACUGGAACAGCUGAACAUGUUCGGUGGAACUGACAUCAGCGAUUUAUUUGAGAAACGGACGCUUAACAAGUUGGAAAUGUUUGAUUUGAAAUCGCACAGCGAAUAUGGAUUGAGUAAGGAUUUAUUUUGGUGGGAGGAUCCGGCAUAUGUUAUUGGAGCUAUUACCAUACAAGAACGUCACGUUUGCAUUCGCAACAAAGCCAAAAAUAACCAGUGUCAUCUCACAGUUUGCGAAGAAGAUUCCAUCUAUGAAAUACAAGCCAAAUUCUUUGCCGCUUAUCCAGAGAAAAAUAGCGAGCAUAUAAUUUGGCGAAAGACUGAAUCAACAUGUUGCCCAAGUGCACAUCUGUCACUUGACAAAACUUUGACGGAAAAUGGCCUGGUAUUUGAUCCCGACAAUGAAGUCACAUUCUUGUGGAUGUUUCACAAAGCUGAAUUCACUUGCAACAAUUCCUGUGUUAUGAAUUUCCUAGGACAACUGUGAACGCUCAAGAUGUAAAGUUACACAAAUCGCUAAUACGCAAGAAAAGAAAAAUCCAAAUGUAAAACAUACAUUAAACCAUAAAAUGCGACAUGAAAUUGAAUACAUAACUAAAUAGGAUUCAGUUUAAGCAUACAUUAUUGUAUAUUUGAGAAUAUGUUCAAUUAAAUAAUAAUGAAUAUUCAUCUCUUUCUCUCAACACCAUGUCAAGUAGUCAAACACAUUUUAUUUUUC